GGGGAGCUACGCCCCUGUCAAACACACACUCACACGCACACACACGGUGAGAGACGUGGAAGUAGUACGCACGGCGGACAACAAGCCGCGCUUCCACCGCCGAGAACCAAAGAGGAGAAUCGAGGACCGUCCGGGUCCGGCUCGUCCUCUCCCCGCCUCGCUGCGCUCUCGUGCGGGCACAAGUUGUGGACUAAACCCCGUGGGACUUCCGGUUCUUUUUUUUGGAGCACAAGUAACGGCGGAUGGAAGGACAGUGAUGGAGUUUCUCUGACAAACGUGCCCAGAAAGCGAGGUCUUACCCCCCCCACGUCCACCAUGCCGAUCCUCAAGCAGCUGGUCCAGUCCAACCAGUCCAAGCGGCGCUCCAGGGCCGACCUGACGGCGGAGAUGAUCAGCGCCCCGCUGGGGGACUUCCGCCACACCAUGCACGUGGGCCGCGGCGGCGACGCCUUCGGGGACACGUCCUUCCUCAGCACGCGGUCGGGCGAGGGCCCCGACGGCGACGCCAAGCAGGGCUCGCCGGGCCCCAAGGCGGGACUCCUGGCCCGCACCUUCCGAGGCAGCCGGCGCUCUCAGUCCGUCAACCGCGGCGACAAGUACGAGUACGGCAACGUGGCGCCGGCCAACUUCGUGAAGAACGCCAUAUCCUUGCCGUACCUCAACGAGGAGGGCGGGAGAGGAGGCGUGGCCUCCAACCCUAUGAAGAAGCUGGUGGAGGUGGAGGUUAAGCCGGCGAACGGCGCCGCCGCCGCCAUCGCCACCUUCGACGCCGAGCUGGACGAGCGGAACUUCGGCGACCUGGGCGAGUUGCCCCCGUCCGUGCCUAAAGGCGGCGCCUUAAAGCACGCCGAGUCCAUGAUGUCCUUCCACAUCGACCUGGGGCCGUCCAUGCUGGGGGACAUCCUGAGCGUGAUGGAGAAGAAGGACCACGAGGACGUGGACCUGGGCUUCGAGGACGGCAAAGGGAGCGAGGGCUCGCCGUCGCACAUCCCGCUCAUCGACGACGACGUGGCGGAGGAGCAGCAGCGGCCGCCCGCCAGGCCGCCCCGAUUGAUGUACCCCGCCGAGGCGCCCUACACCCCCGAGCUGCACGCCAGGGACGCCCAGCACCUGGACAGCUGCUCCGUGUCCAGCGCCGGCUCGGUCUCGGAGGACAAAACGGCGUACCACCCGAGCAACCACCUGCAACACUACGCCGACACGGACAGCGCCAAGCACAGCUCGCCGCGCGGCGACGAGGACUUCUCCUUCAUGGACGACGAGGACGACGAGAUCAGAGUAUAAGCUACGGACCCUACUAACUAACACCCGACUCUUCACUAAUAAUCACCAUACCGAGUCACGUGGACGUCGCCUACAGCCACGGGUGUUGCGGAAGGACAAAGACGGCAGCACGUGAGUUGGAUCAUUUCUCAUUUGACCGGACGUCGCUUAGAAACGCUCUUAAAGCUACGACGCACUUAAUCAUCCGAUCGAUGGUUGGCCGAACGUUAGCGGGAGACCUUGGGAUGUUUUUUGUACGUUAGAAAAACGCCGAUGAGGCAGUUUUGUGAGAAUCUGAGUGGAGAGGAAGGAUGUGGCUUGAGUGACUUUUUGGUAGCGACCUCGCCAUCCAAUCACGCCGUCGGCUGACUUAAACCAAUCAAGAUGUUUCCCCCGCGCUCGUCGUCGGGGGGGGGGAGGUCAAAAGGAUGCCAGAAGACGUCAACUCACCGGUCGCAACAUUAGGUACGCCCGCACAAGGCAGCUUUCCCAGCAUGCAUCAUUCUUUUUAACGCAUGAAUAUAAUAUAAUUACAUUUUAAUAAUAAUAAUAAUAGAUUUUAUUUUACAUUGAGCAAACGACCUCAAAGUGCUACAGCGUAUUAAAAGAAAAAGAUAAUAAUACAAAUAAAAACUAGGACAAACACGCAUAAUUCUUAAAAAAAGGCUUUUUUUUAAAAAUAAGGGUUUCUAAGCCUUUUUUUAAAAGCAUCCACAGUCUGUGGUGCCCUCAGGUGGUCAGGGAGAGUGUUCCACAGACAGAGGUUGUACUUAUUUAUUGUUUUACAUUCAUUUUGUGGUUGUAUAGGCAGAAUGUUCGUCUCCGUUUAUAGUAACAUGCAAACUACCACCAGAUUAUUUGAAUUUAAAAAGAUAUUUUUUAUACUAUUAUAUAAAAUAAAGUAUAAAUAAUUCAUUUUAAAAUGUAUUUUUAUCAAAAUGAUCAAACAUGUGUUGUGGAUGUAAAGUCUGAAUUUUCAUUUUUAUUUAUAGUGAUAAACAUAACAAAUAUAAUAAAUUACAAAAAUGAAAACAAAAUGUUUUAACUAAAACAAUAUAUCUAUUUUUUAACAUGGGUAAAAUAAAGUAUAAUUAAUUAAUUUUAAAAAUAUGUGGCAAAAGGACAAAAUACUGUAUACAGACUGUGGGAGUAAAGUCAGAAUUUGCUUCAUUAUUUAUAGUGAUAAACAUA